UCCCCUUCUCGUCAGUUGAAGUGUUUUCUCUCCCCUUCUAGUCAAUUGAAGUAUUCUUCAUCCUUUUCUCGUCAACUGAAGUAUUUUUUCUCCCCGUCUCAUCAAUUAAAGUAUUUUUCAUCCUCUUCUCGCCAAUUAAAGUAUUUUUCAUCCCCUUCUUGUCAAUUGAAGGGAACUUCCUCCCCUUCUCGUAAAUUAAAGUAUCAAGUUUUCUUGAGCUUCAGAGGUGAAACACGCCGUAACUUCACCAGCCAACUACUCCAAGCUUUGAAAGCCACCGGAAUGAAUGUAUUCUUCGAUGAAGAAAAAUUGGAAAAAGGGGAGCAAUUUGCGGGACAACUUACCCAAGCAAUUGAAGUCUCAAAUCUCUCGAUAAUCAUUUUGUCUGCCGACUAUGCUUCUUCGGAUGUAUGCUUAGCCGAACUCUCCCACAUCAUGGCCCUCACGCGCAAUCAAGGGCAUAUUGUUCUUCCCAUCUUCUUCCAUGUUGAUCCCUCCGAUGUGAAAAAUCUACGUGGUAGUUUCAAAAAAACCUUUGAUAAUCAUGAAUCAAACGAAAAACUUGAUCAAGUGAAAGUGAAGCAAUGGAAAGCUGACCUGGCUCAAGUCGGAACAUUAGAUGGAAUUCAUAUAAAAUGCGACAAACCUGAAGCCGAGCACAUCAAGCAUAUUGUUGGAUAUGCUAUACAAAAGUUGAUGAAGCAUCAAGUUUUCUUGAGCUUUGGUGACGACACGCGCCUCAACUUCAGCAGUCAUCUUCUCAAAGCUUUGGAAGACACGGGAAUAAAUGUCGUCUCCGAUAAGGCGGAGAUUGAAAUCUCUCAGGCAGUUGCAGCCUCAAAUCUCUCAAUAAUCGUUUUAUCUAAAGACUAUGCUUCUUCGGAAUCAUGCUUAACCCAACUCUCUGCCAUCAUGAGCACUGAAAAACAUAUUGUUCUGCCCAUCUUUUACCACGUUAAACCUUCUGAUGUGGAGAAUCUCAGUGUGAGUUUCAAAGCUUCCUUUGAUCACCAUGAAUCAAAUGGGCUACUGCAAGUGCAACAGUGGAAAAAGGACUUCGCUGAAGUUGGUAUAUUACAAGGGUGGCCUAUAGAAGGAGGCUAUUUUGAUAGACCUGAUACUGAAUUCAUUGAAGAAGUCGUUCAAUAUGUCAUAAAAAAGUUGAACCGCCAGUCUAAAAGCGUUUCUGAUGAUUUGGUUGGAAUAGAUGAUCAGAAAGAAACGAUUUUGAGGCUGAUUGAACAAGAAGACAGUCGUGUAAUAGGACUUUGGGGGAUGGGUGGUAUUGGCAAAACCACCCUUGCUGAUGCUGUAUACCAUGAAAUCUCCUCAGAGUUUGAACUCAUUGCUUUCUUCAAAAUGUUAGAGAGGAAAUUGAAGACAAAAGAAUGAAUUCUGU